UUUCUCUUUUAUUUAUUUUUCUUUUUGUAAAUAAAAAGCAUGAAUAUAAUUGCAAAUUCAAAUCUUUCAAUCUUGGAUAAUACCGAUAACCCAGGUGUAGGCAUCAACCGACUAUCUCAAAACCAUGGUAACCGUAACAGGUCAGGGUCGUCACCUAUGCCUCCUUCUACCCUUAAACAAGAACAAGCCGAUAAACUAUCGAUUGAAUUCGAAGCUAGUUCACAACUCAUUAUUAGACCUAAUAGAAUCAUAAGAGGUGCUGUUUGUUUACGCGUAACAAAGCCUAUUUUGGCAACACAGAUAAGGGUUAAGUUUCGAGCAGAGGAAGUUGCUACAGUCAAAGUAAAGGAAUAUGGCUUUGAAUCCAAGAUUGAACGGAUAGAUCAAGUGACAACAACUUAUUUUGAUGUUGAAACAAAAGUAUGGGGAAAGGAACCAAGCCGUAAGGGAGAGAGACAUAUACACUUUUCUAUAGAAAAUCUCACAAAUAUAUCCUAUAGCUUACAUCAUGAGUUCCUGGGAAGUUAUUGAGCCAGGAGAAUACAAGUAUCCAUUUGCAUUAAAGUUUCCAAAUGUCAAUUUUCCGCCUUCUUCUGAUGAUCCACCAGGGUUUUCGAUUCAUUACAUAUGGUCAGCUCACCUAGAUGGAGCAGCGUCCAAUCCAGGAAUACGUUCGAAGGAUUAUGUCAUUCCCUAUCGUCCCAUCAUCUCUGCUCCUCCAACCAAGCAAUGGUCUUUUACUCAAACCUUGCUUCAUAACGACAAAAAGGUUCCUGUUGCUAAUUUAACCGCCUUUGUACCUAGAAAAGCAUUUUGCCCUGGUAAGAUAAAAAUAUGGAUAGAAAUAGAUAAAUACUG